UGAAGGAAUAUUAUAAGCGGCUGAAAACUUUUCAAGUCUACCUUGUCCUCUAAACCAAACGGGCCCUAGGGUUUAAGGUAUUGGUAGAAAGAAGAAAGAAAAUCCUAGAGCCUCCACCGUCACCAAAAUGUCGAAGAAAAACGAUUUGGGUCGCCGGAAAAGGCAACACGAAUACGAUCUUCGAAGGGAAAAAGCAGAGAAAGAAAAGUUAGAGAAGAAGCUACAAGCAAAGAAGAAUAAGAUGAAGGUGGAUGGUAAGGACAAGAAGAAGAAAGGUGGAAGUGGAUUUCAAGUGGGGAAGAAAAAAUUGAAGACAAAGAUGACUCCAUUGGCCAAAGCUAAAGCUGCACAAGCAAUGGAGAUUGAAAAAUGAGAUUAUGCUGUAAUUUGUUCAGGUGUAUGUAUGUGGAUUAUCAAUCAGAAACUUUGAUUGAUUCUAGAUAACUAGAUUUGUCCUCCUCGUCUUCUUUCUCACAAUUUUGGUAUGUCAAAUUGGAGCUGUUUAUGUCUCGGAUCAAACAGAAAAUUGAAGCUGUUUACGUCUUUCCUCUGCAAUUAGUUGAUAAAGAUUUGAUAUUUGUUCA